AUGAACGUUCAGGAUCAGUGCGCUGUGAACAAGGCCCACGCCAUGGUCCUCGUUGUCAGGCCGCAGAGAGGCGACGUCGUUCCGGCGUUCAACGUCAGUGAAAACAUCACGCCAUUACACGACGGAGGGUGGCCGGACGAGCUCGAUGAAGAGUUUUCCGAGAACUUUGUAAGGGCCGUUACCGUACUGGGAUACCUUUACACCUUCUUCAUACCGAUGCUCAUAGUGCUGGGCCUGGUUGGAAACGGCCUGUCUUUCGUCACGUUCCUCUUCACGCGACUCAAAGUGCGGGCGUCCAGCUUCUACCUCGGAACGCUGGCACUGUCAGACUUUGGGUAUCUCUUUCUCAUGGCAUUCGUCUGGCUGGACAAGCAAGGGGUGAAGAUGCUGAACAAGCGAGGCAUGUGUCAAGGCAUCCUCUACCUUUCGACAGCGUUCAGUUUCUGGUCAGUGUGGCUCACUGUGACCUUCACCGCUGAACGCUGCUUCGCCGUGCAGUGUCCCCUGUGGAGGCUCCAGCUAAGCACCACAUGCCGCGCCCGUAUCACCGUCGGCGUGACGGCAGCUGCCUCCCUCUUGCUCAACUCGUACCUUCUCCUGCUUACCGACGUCAUUGUUGAAGACGGCGUGUCGGCCUGCCAUCACAGACCCGAGUUCAAGCAAAUUCUGCAUUACACCAACAUCAUGGACACUGUUGUCACUCUCGUAGUGCCCUUCAUCUUAAUCGUUAUCAUGAACUUUAUGAUCGGUCGUGCUCUGUACCUGUUCAACACACGGCGCAGACUUCAGCGAAUCGGCAGGGCACAAAUGAACUCGGCAGACGCCGACAACCGCAACACUUUGAGCGGCUGCUCGUCGUCGGCCAGCAACAAGGCCAUUCCCACCACGGUGUCCGCCAAUGGAUGCACGCAGCUCCAGCACCAGUACCCCGAGCGGCUCCUGACCAGUCCCAGUCAGAUCAGCGUGUCGCGGAUGCUAUUCCUCGUCUGCACCGUGUUCAUCAUACUCAACCUGCCCAGCUACGUCGUGAGGAUUCACGUAUUCGUGCUCUCCGUCAGCAACCAGCCGGUGCCGGACUACAUCCUGCUGCUGCAACGCUACUUCAUGCUCCUCUACUACACCAACUUCGCCGUCAACUUCAUCCUGUACAACCUGGGGAGCCGCAUUUUCCGGCGUGUGAUGAAGCAGUUCGUGGCCAGCAAGUGGAGCGCCGUCAGGUCGCUGUGCCGCCCCACGGAGGCUUACGACUCCAGCACCGGUGCUGGGGAUGCGGUCACGGGCUCGCCCAAGCCCCGCCAGAACAAGGAGGCGCACCAUGCGGCGGGCCGGCACCAGGCGCCCAGGAAAACGUGA